AUGGCUGACCCUCUCUCCGUUGCCGGGUUGGCCUUGGCCGUGGUAUCACUAGGCCUCCAAGUCACUGGUGGCAUCACGGAUUACUUUGACUCGCUGAAAUCCCGCGACCAAGAUAUCGCCUCCAUAAUACAGCAGAACGACACACUGAAAAAGACACUUCAAGUUAUUGAAUCAUCAAUCUCCCGGUUCCAGAAUGACCACAGAACAGCGACCGAGGCAUUGCGACAAUUCUUAGACUCAUCUAACGAUGAAUUAAAGGUCUUGGAGGGAAUGGUAGCCACUCUCACUACGAACGAUCAAGGCGCAACCGAUCGAAGGACCAAAGCUCGGAACAAGGGUAAGAAGCUGUUAUAUCCGUUCCAUCGCCCAAAGCUUGAGCAAAUGGCGACCAAAUUGCAUCACAUCAAUGCGACUCUUCAGUUAGGAUUGCAAAGUCUAGGACUUUCUGUAUCACACUUAGGGUCCGAGAAGUUAGCUACUCUCCAAGUGACGUCGCAGACUAUUUCUAGUGAUCUUCUAGUGGUUCAGUCCGAGGUCUCAUCUAUCAGCUCUCCAAUUCGAGGCAUGCAAAGCACUCUGUCGCAAUUUGAGACACGCUUUGAUGGUCUUGAGCAUCUACUCGAACAGCUGCUAGUCCAAGGGUCGAACACCAAUGAAAAGCUGCAAGACAUCACUCCUGCAUUGGUCACUGGACGACUUCUCGGAAAGCCAGCAGUAUUACGAGAGAUGUGUGAUGCUGUUGUGACUCAAGAGCGGCACAAGCCAAAGAGGAAACCCCCAGUACCACAUGAAACGGCGGCAAGAGUCAGCACAGGCAUGUCCAGUUAUUCUGGAGGUCGCUUCUCAUGCUUAUGUCGUCACCGUAGACAUGUCCAACGUUGGAAUGCUGCCUUGGGCUCUUUUGUCCUUUCUCACGAGACCACCACCGAACGGCAUUUACCUGGGUGUCCAGUCACUCGAGACAUAUUAGAGCCUGACCGAACUCAGAAGCUUGCCUUAACCUAUGCUGGACUCCGACGUUUGCUCAACUCGGCUAUCCAGUUCUCGCUCACGAUUCGGUCAGGGGCAGGAGGGUCAAGCUUCGGCCCCAAUUUCACCUACUAUCCUAUCGUUGACUCAAACCGUGCACCUGCCUUUAAAAUGCUCCAUCUACUUAUGAACUCUUUUUGUCACAAUCGAUGUUUAACAUUCUAUGGCCACUCCGAAAUUCCAGCGCUGUGGGAAAAGCUUGUCCCUUCCGUGGUAUCCGCAGUGCUCAGUCUUUUGCAAGCUAAAAAGGCAUCCCCGCGAGCAGUCAACGACCGCAACGAGUCUUUAGUCUACAGCGUGGCCCUAUGUAUAGGAAGUUAUUACCGUAGCAUGAGAUUCCUACCAAGCCUGGCAAGGACUAGCCAGGCCAGUCCGUUGCUUGACUUACUCGAAUACUUGGUCAAUAACAAGGCCCCGGCAAAUAACUACAAUACAUAUGGCAAUACGCCGCUCAGCGCACUGUUUGCGUCUGAGUCAUAUGGUAGCGUGACCUAUCCUGUGCCCGCCACCGCUGUAGAUCUCAUACUGCGAUCAAACACCGAUAGCGCUGCAGUAAAUCGAAGAUAUCCAGAUUUUCCCUAUGAUAUGGAAACUGUUUUAACAUCAGGGAAGGUGAUUUGGCUAUCUAGCAGCGAGGUUCUACUCCACUUUUUAUCUUCUUCAACUAGGAUAGCCGAUGCUUAUGGAUGUGGUGUACUAAGCCUGGCAAUUUUAUCUAACAACCUGGAAGAAGUCAAAGUGUUAAUAACAAACCAUCCCAGCACCCUUUCCGAAAGAAACCUGUUCGGGCAGACUCCGCUCCACCUCGCCGCAGGCAAGCCAUCAAUUCUUCGGGUUCUAAUAGAUGCUGCAGACAUAGCGCUACUCAACUUGACCGAUGCUCAAAAGUUCUCCGCAUUGGACCUCGCAGUCUCUGUCAGUGGUAGGAACUGUAGAGAAGGUAGAACGCGUAAGUGCAAAGGAUGCAGGUGUACCGAAUGCGCUGUUAUUCUGAUGAAAGCUGACUGCAUGAUCCGAAACUCAACCUUCAGACAUGUACGGGUCAAUGCUUCCAAACGGUGCAAGCUGAGAUAUCUGCGCUACAUGAAAGGCCGUAGGGAUAGAUUAAAACGGCUUGCUCUAGAAAAUCUACCCAAGACGGACAUAGAGGAACUGUGUCUUGAAUCGAAACAUGUUCUCGAUUCUGAUGCAUUCGAAGUUACGAAGCGCUUACAGCAGACGGGUAUCUGUGUCCCUGAAGCCCUAGCUGUCGAGGGUAAUGAAUCGUUUCGGCCAAUCUACCAGCUAGUCCAUUCAUGCGACGAUGCCGAUCUUCUUUUCCGGGCUGGAUUCCGAGACACCGCGUCGUGGUGUGACGCUGAUGAUGUGGAAAAUUGGGAUAUUUCGCCGCUACAGAAACCUCUGUCAUAUCUGGGCUGGUUAGCCAACCAUGAUGGCAUAUACUGUCGACUCCCCUUUCCAACAGUUAAGGAUAUUUUUGGAAGUGCUUGCAUAUUUUCAGCAAUUGGCGAUGAAAUUAGACGUUCUUGGACAAGGAGCCGCUCCAGAUAUGGCCAGUAUAACCAAUCAAAUGGUGGCAACUCACCAGCGGCGUCACUUACAAUACAUUCAGAGGAGGAUUGGUACCAUGAAGUCCACUCUGCGGUAUUUGAGGCUAGAGCUGUGGAUUCAUGUAGUUGCCAAUGUUCUCCGGGCGGCUGCAAUAUGCUGACGUUUAUACUACGUCAGCUGGUCAAUGAACGAGACUAUAAAUACAAACCACAAAUCUAUCCACAAGACGACGCUACGACAAGUACAGAGGACCCAGAACGCUGGGGAUUGGCUUAUACUAUACCCUUAUUGAAGCUGAUUGACGGAUUUAUUAUAUAUCUCAGUCACUUUUCCUGCCAUUUUCGGAGGUGGCAUCACUACGCCGCUAUUCGGUUCCUCACUUUCGCCGCCUUGGAAAUCAGUCAUUGUUGUUGUCGAACCAGAUGUUGGGAUCGUGUGUUUGAGGAUGAUGUUGAUAGUAAUGAGAAUGGGCUUGGAGAUGAUCAAGGAUAUAAGUUGGCACUACUCGAAGAUCUGAUCAAUGAGUUCGAGGAAACCAUGUCUUCUGUUCUUGAAAAUCCAGAUACCGGAACUGAUGAACUUAUUGAAUUCUGGGAACGGGCGUGGGUUGGUCGCAUGAGCGAGGUUCUAGAUCGCCUCGAAGGUUGCGAUUUACCAGAGGAUGAGAAACUUGCAGCUGAGGAGAUUGGGGUAGUAUGGGAUAAGGUAGGACCAGAACCACCUGAGCCACGUCCUGAUGAAAUAGGGAACCCAUAUGACAAAGACAUGGUAGAAUAUUGGUUGUAUGAGCUGAGGAAGAUUGAAGAAGAAUGUCAAUGA